AUGUGCAUCAACAGUAUAGAACUCAUACACACUAUAUAUACGAACAUGAAAAAGAGCGAAAUAAAAAAAAAAAGAGAAAAAAGCGAACAAGAUGAAAAAAGAAGCAAGCUGAAUGAAGGCAAGUACGAAAAGUCAUCGUCCAUAGUGGAAAUUCAAAAUGCAACAAACGAGUGGAGAGGAAUAUUUUUAAACAAAACAAGUAAAAUAUUAACAGACGAAAUUGUUUUCACCUUGCGACAGUGCUCCCCAUGUUUCAUGAACAACUCAUGGUUUAGACUCUAUGCCUCAUGGAAACAAGGCACAAGUUUCAACCGAUUUAUUAACUCCCUUUUCUAUUAUGAGUCCCCAGUUGUUAUAGUAAUCAAGACAAAGGAUAAUCAAAUUUUGGGAGCUGUCUGUACUACGCCCUUGAAGGAUUCUCACCUCUUCCAGGGUUCAUCCAACGAUUUCUUAUUUUCAGCUCAUCCCGUUUUUAGAAUUAUAAGGUCAAAUCAGUUUGGCACAAAUUAUGUCUACUUGAAUAGCAAAAACUCGUUUUAUCCAAAGGGCCUAGGGUUUGGAGGAAGAACCGAGUGCUUCCGAUUAUUUCUGAGUGACGAAUUUAAGGACUCCUACUGUACGCAAUCGGAUUAUACUUAUAAAAGUGGCCACCUGUACUUCCCCCACCACCAGAAGGAGAAGCAUGCUAGUCGAAACGGAAAUAACAAGGAGAGUACUAACAAGAAUGCUACUUACCCUAGUGGUAUCAAUUCUCGAAACAUGAGUCACACACGUCCAGCGUAUGAAGACGAGGAUGAAGACGACGAUGAUAAUGCGGACAGAUUCCUUUAUAAACUGGCCAUUAAUGAGGUAGAAGCUUGGGGAUGUGGUGAUGAGAGGGCACUCGAACAACAGGCCAUCAUGCAGCAGAAGGAGGAGGCGUCUAAACAGGAGAGGUCAAAUGAUAAGUCCAAAAUUGUACAGAACAGUUUCGACAAGGAGUUCCUGUUGCCCAAGGUUUUCGUCGGGGGGAAGUACGAGGAGCUGUCCCCAGAU